AGGCACCCCAAUUCCAGAGAGAGAAAACCCUUAAUUUCGAAGAGAAACACAAGCACUUUAUUGCAAUUGUGUUUCAAAUCUCAUGAAAGCCUUCAAACCUUCUAAUUCUUCUCAAACUUUCCCCUUGUUGAGAUCAAGCUUCAUUCAAGCCCUCGUCAGGAUCUACAUCAAUUAGAACACACACAACUCUAGAGAGAAGCACAAGCACUUUGCAUCUCGAAUCUUGUGAACGCAUUCAAAUCUUCAAGUUCUUUCCAAACUUUUCUCUUGUCAAGAUCAAGCAAAGCCCUCGUCGAGAUCUACAUCAAUUAGGAGACCGAAUUAGAGGAUUACUUUAAAUUCUGUGUUUACUUGGAGGUACUACUCAUAAAUCUUAUAUCAAUACAAAUAUUCUUUUUUUGCAAUUUUUCUUGUCUAUCUAAUUUUCAAGAACAAAAUUAUUAUCAACAAAAUUUUAGCAUGCCCACUAGGACAUCUCAACCUCUUCUCCCUUUCUCUUACAAAGAAGGUCACAAAUCUAAAUGCUAUGUCUGCAAAGAAUGCUUUGGUUACUAAUGAUCCAAAGGCCACCAAGAAGGGCAUUACUGUCACUAGCAAUAGUAACACCUUUUUGAGUUACAACACUUGUAGCAUGGCUAAGAUUAUUAGUGCAUCAUCUUUUCAUUCGAUUACAUCCAACACACCUAUUAUGGAAAAGAAGGAAGUCGUUGUAAGUCGUGCUAACCAACUACUUUCGGUGCUUGAGGAUUUCAUGAAUAAGAGUGGUUUUCCACAUGCAGUCUCUAAUUUUGAAUUAAGCACUGGUUUUCAAUCUAGAUCCACCCUAAAUUCUCCAAAGGGAUCUUACUCACCAAGCUUGUCAAGGACUAUUUUCAUGCCCGCGUUCAUGACACAACCUGAGAUUGUUAAGGAAAGGAUUGCUAGUUGGCUCAAGCUAUCAACAAACUAACUCAAACUAACUCAAUCUCUUUAAGCCAAAGAUCUGCUCAUCGCCAAUCACACAAGCAAGCUUGAAGCUUUGAAUGUGAAAGAGUUAAGCAACAAUCAAUUCCAACGUCCCUAUGAUGUUUUUUAAAAUGAAUAGUUCCAAGUUAU